CUGACAGGAGAGGAUUGGAACGCGGUGAUGUACGACGGCAUCAAAUCUCAGGGCGGCGUCAAGGGGGGGAUGAUGUUCUCCGUCUACUUCAUCGUCCUCACCCUCUUUGGGAAUUACACCCUCCUGAACGUCUUCUUGGCCAUCGCGGUGGACAACUUGGCCAACGCGCAGGAGCUGACCAAGGACGAGCAGGAGGAGGAGGAGGCCGCCAACCAGAAGCUGGCGCUGCAGAAGGCCAAGGAGGUGGCAGAAGUCAGCCCGCUGUCGGCGGCCAACCUGUCCAUCGCCGUGUGAGUGCGGCGCGGGUGGCACGGCUGCAUCAUGGCUGCGUCAUGGCUGCAUCAUGGCUCCAUCAUGGCUGCGUCAUGGCUGCGUCAUGGCUCCAUCAUGGCUCCAUCAUGGCUGCGUCAUGGCUGCGUCAUGGCUCCAUCACGGCUCCGUCACGGCUGCAUCAUGGCUCCAUCAUGGCUGCGUCAUGGCUGCAUCAUGGCUGCAUCAUGGUUCCAUCAUAGCUGCGUCAUGGCUCCAUCAUGGCUGCAUCAUGGCUGCAUCAUGGCUGCGUCAUGGCUCC